UCACCCAACCAGGUCGUCUCGAGCACGUAGGUUGGACACGGGCGAGACCCAACUGGAGUCAUUCAAUCGCUGUACAUAAAUCCUCCAUUCCCCGGUCCGUGCUUUCGAGGAAACGAAGGCCGCCGGCGAUAGCGAAGCGAAGAAGAAUGGGAGGAGAAGAAGGUGUAGUGACCCCCGGCGAGGUGGUGGGCGAGUCCAGCCAACUGAUCGCCGGGAGGGGAGUGUACGUGGCGCCCAACGGGCGCACCCUGCGCGCUUCCCUCACCGGCCUCCGCAAGAUCCUCCCUCCUCCUCCGGGCUCCACUGACCAGAGAUCCACCGUGGAAGUCGUAGGGCACAAGGCCCAUGGAGCUGUCCCGCAACCGGGGUCUGUAGUCAUCGCUCGAGUGACAAAGGUGAUGCCCAGGAUGGCUUCCGCUGAUAUAAUGUGUGUUGAUGCCAAAGCUAUUAGGGAAAAGUUUACAGGCAUAAUUAGGCAACAAGAUGUUCGUGCAACUGAAAUUGAUAAAGUGCAUAUGUAUUUGUCAUUUCGUCCUGGUGACAUUGUCAGAGCCUUAGUUCUCUCUCUUGGAGAUGCAAGGGCGUAUUACCUUUCCACUGCAAAAAAUGAAUUGGGAGUAGUAUCCGCUCAAAGUAUCGCAGGUGCUACUAUGGUUCCAAUCAGUUGGACAGAGAUGCAAUGCCCACUGACUGGCCAGGUUGAGCAGAGAAAAGUUGCGAAGGCAGACUAGAUAUAUUGCUUUUUGGGAGAUCAAGUAGACAGAGGGUGAAUUAGCAUCAUUGUGGAUGUCCACUUAUUUGUAAAUUUCUAUUUCUUUUGCACCCUGCGGUUGAUUACCACUUCACAUCAUUGUAAGAAAAAUGGCAGGGUUCUUGUUGCUAAUAUAUGUCUUAUCAUGGUGGUAGUGCAUAGUUGUUAUAGAAAUUGCUUGAUAAUACUAGCUUCUGACUGGUGAUUUUGCAUCUUUUUAA